GAGAGAGAGAGAGAGACAGAGAGGAAGAGAGGGGAGAAAAGAAAAAGAGCGAGAAACGGAGAAAGAAAGAAAAGGAUCUAGGUUGCAGUCUGGUCCAGAUCUGAGCAGAGACGCAGGCGCGCGCUUCAGCCACGGAUUCGUGUAGUUUCCGCUCUCAUGGAGGCUCUGGCUGGGAUUUAAAAAGAAAGAAAGAAACCCUGACAUCUUUAGAAAGCGGAAAGGAUCUUUUUUUUACUUCUUUUCAUUGGACUUCAUUGGAUUGAAGUGGGCUUCUGGUGUAGAAAGAAAGUAGAUCCAACAAUUCGGGAACUGUCAUGGACUUGGUCUUAAGGCUGCUCGCUGGGAUUAUGUUACUGGACGUGUUGUGUUGUGUUGUUGCGUGUUUGUAGCGAAGUGUCCACUCGGCUCUGAACGCAUGCCUCCCGCUCGGAAUGCUGCAGUACGUGUAGUAUCGCGGCUCGGUUGUUGUAGAUGCAACAAACUCGCCUUCAUUCUCAUGCACCGUCCGUGCUCGUCGGUUGGCUGUGCAUGCGCUGCACGGCGUUUCGGCCUCAUUGAUGAUUCGUAACGACAGUGAAAGUGUCUGUAGUAUAUCCGUACACUAGUAACCCCCCCACCCUCUAGUAGUUCGAGGUGUCGUAUGUUCAGGACGAAACGCUCAGGUCUUGUGCGGCGACUCUGGAGAAGCCGUUUGAUCCCAGAUAAAGAGGCGGCAGAUGGAAAUGGCACCACUAGCAGUGAGGGCUGUCGGGACGAUCUGUUCGGCAACAACCCGGAGAAAAUUCCCAAGACGGAGUUCAGACCGAUGACCCCGAGCGGGUCCUUCGGGGGAGAGCUGGGGCGCGCGUGCCCCGUGGAGAGCGUCACGUCGGACCAAGAUGAGGGCGCAGUGUGCGUCCAGGAACAGGGGAGCCCCCGCUCUGUGCAGGACAGCGAGUGCAGGACGGUGACGUGCUGCUUAUUUAAAGACCGGGACCACUCCGAGGUUAGGGGUCCGGAAACGGCUCAGGGGAACAGGGAUCCGGGGUCGUGCCACUUCAUGCUGAGGAGCCUCGGAGCAGGAGACGGCGGCUCUCCUGAGGCGCACGAGGCGAUGCCGCGCGUGCUGCUGGAGCAAGAACUCAAGUCCGCCACAUAUUCGCUUUUAAAGAGGCUAAAGGAAAAGGCGCUGGAUACUUUACUGGAGGCGGUGGAGUCCAGAGGAGGGAUGCCGAGCGACUGUGUCAUGGUUUCCAGGACGGAGUUGAAGUUUGGCGGGCAUGUGGCGUCUCCACCGCUGCUGGUGUGUAAAGUGUACCGCUGGGCUGACCUCCAGCACUCGGCCCAGCUCAAACCACUCUGUGAGUGCAAGAGCUUUGGGGCCCUGGACUGCCCCACUGUUUGCUGCAAUCCCUAUCACUACAGCCGGCUCUGUGGGCCAGAGUCACCCCCACCCCCAUAUUCAAGGCUUUCCUCUAAUGAAGAACACAAGCCACUGGAUCUGUCGGACUCCACGUUGUCGUAUACUGAAACCGAGGCAGCCAGCUCACCAAACAACACACAGGGGGACUUUUCAGAUGCCAGUCUGUCGCCUGAUGCCCCGAAGCAGAGCCACUGGUGCAACGUGGCUUACUGGGAGCACCGCACCCGCGUGGGCCGCCUCUACACGGUGUACGAGCACGCCGUCAGCAUCUUCUACGAUCUACCUCAGGGUACAGGCUUUUGCCUGGGCCAGCUCAACUUGGAUCACCGCAGCAGCACAGUACAACGAACACGAGGCAAAAUCGGCUACGGGAUUCUCCUCAGCAAGGAGCCCGACGGCGUUUGGGCCUACAACCGCAGUGACCACCCCAUAUUCGUCAACUCCCCCACUCUGGAUGUGCCGAACAGCAGAACUCUGGUCGUGCGAAAGGUGAUGCCGGGUUACUCCAUCAAGGUGUUUGACUAUGAGCGUUCCUGCCUCCUGAGGCACACCACAGAGGCGGACUUCCUGGAUGGACCUUACGACCCCAACAGUGUUCGCAUCAGCUUUGCUAAGGGCUGGGGUCCCUGUUACUCAAGACAGUUCAUCACCUCCUGCCCCUGUUGGCUGGAGAUUCUCCUCAACAACCACAGAUAACACAGAUGAACCCUACAGACUAUCCCAAAUAUCAUCUACCUAGAUUUAAUAUAAAGUUUUAUAUAUUAUAUGAAAUAUAUAUUAUACCUGUAAAUAUGGAGUCAUUUUUACAAUGUUACUAUUUAUGUAUGGUGCAAUGUGUUUAUUGACAAGAGGAAAAAAUGGAAAAUGCACUUUGGAUAUAUAUAUCUAUAUCUAUAGAUAUAUCUUUCAUACCAACUUGAGAAAUGAUACAGUUGAAUUAGGAUGGGCCUGGAUGUGGUGUGUAGUUUUCAUAUACUAUUGAUAUCCAGAUAAGAAGCUAACACCAUUCACACAUUGGUAAUAAAGUAUUCGCAUAUUGA